AUGGAGAAUAAAAAAAUUAUUUGUUCAUCACCAGGUAAAGUUUUAGUAACUGGUGGAUAUUUAGUUUUGGAUAAAAAAUAUGAUGGUAUUGUUUUUACUAUCGAUUCAAGAUUUUUUACAACUGUGGAAGGAAUUGAAAAAACAACAUCAAAAUCAACCCACGAAAAAGAUAUUUUAACCAAAUCAUAUGAAAAUUUAGAAUUUGUUACAGAUAUAAACGUAAUUUCACCACAAUUCCACUCAUCACAAAAAUACCACUUAUACUACAAUAAACAAAACCAAAACAAAUUAUAUGAAUUAGUUCCAUUUGAUAAUGAAAAUUAUAGAGAAAAUAAAUAUGUCGAAAAUACAAUUUUAUAUUCAUUAUUAACAAUGUCAGCAAUUGAAAAUGAAAACGAUCAAUCUCAAUUCAAUAAUAAAGCAUCAAAAUAUCAAUUAAUUAAUAUUACAAUUGUUGGAGAUAAUGGUUUUUAUUCCCAAAUUCCACAAUUAAAAAAAAGAAAUUUAUCAAUUUCAUUUGAAUCAUUAAAAUCUUUGCCAAAAUUUUUACCAGUUACAGGAUCAUUAGAAGAAUUACAAAAAACUGGUUUAGGUAGUUCAGCAGCAUUAGUUAGCUCAUUAACUGCAGCUUUAUUAUCAUUCUUCAAUAUUGUAGAAUUAGAAAAUAAAUCAGACUCGAAUAAAUUAUUAGCUGAUAAAACUUUAUUACACAAUUUAGCUCAAAUUUCACAUUGUAUUGCCCAAGGAAAAAUUGGCAGUGGUUUUGAUAUUAGCUCUGCCGUAUUUGGUAGUCAAGUUUAUAGAAGAUUUUCACCAGAAAUUAUUCAAAGUAUAUUAAAAUUGUAUGAUUCAAAAUUAUAUCCAAAUCCAAAAGAAUUAUUAGAAAUUAUUAAAAGUAAUGAUUGGGAUAAUAAACAUUUAGAUAUGGGAUUACCAAUCGGAUUAAAAUUAUUAUUAGCAGAUGUUAGUAUUGGAUCCAAUACACCGGUAAUGGUCAAAAAAAUUUUAGAGUGGAGAAAGAAUGACCCAACCAAUGCCGAUAAAUUAUGGAAUCAAUUAGAUAUGGAAAAUACAAAUGUUAAACAUUCAUUUAUUAAAUUAAAUCAAUUAUAUCAAGAAAAUAAUCAAGAAUACCUUAGAGUUUUAAAUCAAUUCGGUGAAACCGAUCAAAAUAAAUGGAAUGAAUUGUCAGGUAGUCAAGAAGGAACAUUUAACUAUAAUAUUGGCAAAACUUUAAUCAACAUUAGACAAUCCUUUUACAGAAUCAGAGAAUUAAUGAGGGAAAUGGGUGCUAUUGCUGAUGUACCAUUAGAACCAAAAGAACAAACUGAAUUGGCCGAUUCGACCAUGAACAUCAAAGGUUGUGUUGCUGCUGGUGUCCCAGGUGCUGGUGGUUUUGAUGCUUUAUUUGCCAUUGUCAUCUCUAAUGAAGACGAAAUUAAAAACUCAUGGAUGACUUGGAAAGAAUGUCAAGUAUUACCAUUGGUAUUAAAUGAAAACUCAACCGGUGUUGCAAUUGAUAUGACCCACGUUACUCCAAAACUAUAA